AUGCAGUAGGUGGAAGAGAAGUGGUUGAUCUGUGCCGAUCCUGACAGUUGCUAGAUCUACACCUUGAACAUCAACACCAAUGAGGUGAGAGUGGAACAGGACGUAGAUCAAGAUUACCGAUAGAAAGCCUUAUAAGCAAUCCAAUAAAUUGAAUCGAUGCUCAAAUUGAAGACAGGUAUCAUGUCUAAAUUCUAGGUUGCUAGGUACUUGGCUCAUGGCUUCAAAGCAGAUCGAUCAAUAUAGGAGAAGGAAGAUACCCUCUUACUUGCUGCAUAAAUAAUCUUCCUCGAUUCCAACAUAUUUAUGUUAAUCAACUCUUAGUCAAGCAUUUGUCAAAGUGAAUUCAAUCAAGCUCUAAGUUAAAUUGAAUCAAUACCGAGAAUUAUUCUAAAAUAUGCCAGCUGAAGUCUAAUUGAUGGAAAAACCCAAUAUAGUAGAGAUCGAGGCAGGUUUGGUCACUGGAGCUGAUGAAGUGAUCAAGAGUGUGCUGAGAGAAGUCUAUUAGAGAUUCAACGUCAAGUUGAGGCCAAAGGACGAUAACAAUUAGUUCAUCUUGCAGAUCUCAGGUUUCAAAGAGUUUUUGACAGGCAAUCAUCCUAUGCUAUCCUAUGAUCGAGUGAGAGUCUAAUUGAGAGGAAUGAAACACUUGGAAGUGAUCUUGACUGAGAUUCCCAAGUAGUCUAAUCAGACCUUUCUGUUCCCUCCAAUCAUUCAUAGAAUUAAAGGAGCAGAACCCUAUCCCUAAAUUGACUGGAUUAAAUUUAGAGAUGUCCCAGCCUUGUUAUGGUACUCUCCCAUCCCACUAAAGAAGUAUGAAUCCGAAAUACCCAAUACUCGAUUGUCUUUAGGCUUUGGACCCUCCCCAUUAAUCAAAUUCGACAAGAUCAAAGUCUCAAAUAGUCAAGACAUCUUCAUCAAUCACGAGGACAGAAUGAAGAGGAUGUCAAUUGAUGAAAAUCCGAUCCGUGCUCCAUCCCAAGAAAACACUAUUCCCUAGAAGCAAAAAACUAGUGGAUAAAUCUAUGAUUUGAUUUCAAUGAGAAAUGAAUUGCAGAAAUUAAACAUGUUGAAAAUUGAGCAGAAUGUACUCUAUUCUGGAGAGUGUGAUUGGCCUUUCAGUGUUAAGAUUUGUUCCAUCGAGAACUUGUUGUAAACAUUGGAGCAAGACAACAAGUAUGAGAAUCAGCACCAGAGAGCCACCUAUAAUGGAUUGAUACCUCCACUGUAUAUAACCAAAAAGAAUGCUGGAACCAAGGUUGAAGAAGAACAACACAAACAAAGCAAUAAGAAAAACGAUGAAUCUGACAUUAAUAAAAGAUAAUAGGUGCAUCUCAAAUUGCACAAGAGAACUGGACGAGUCUUGGAAAACAAGAAUAUCGACAUCAAGAGGUACAUCCCCUUUGGAGGUUAAGAUAACCUUGAUGAAUUAGCCACUUUGCAGGAGAGAUAUGAUCUAGACUUUUUGCCUUAUCUCAUCUCAGUAUAAGUAAGUUUAUUUCACGGGUGCAAAUUGCUCACUCCUUGGUGUCAAGCUGAAACCAAAAAAUAACCAUUCAGUUAAUGUCCCAAAUUUUAUUAGACCAUCACUUUCUAAGGCAUCAAAAUAUCUUAAUUGCCACAAGAAGCUAGAUUGUGUUUCAACAUUAUUGCUCACAGUGCUACUGGAUAAUAGUAAAUUAUUGGAUGUACCACCAUGUACAUCUUCUAUGAGGAAAGAAAGUUCAGAUCAUCCGUAAAUCAAUUAAACAUCUGGCCAUUCUAUAAGAUUGACCCUAGAUUACUCUGCAUGGGUUAAUAUUGGGGAUGGGUUAAGUAGUAGAAUCAAUAAUUGCUCAUUCCUCAUCAUAGUAAUAAGAAUCAACAUUAUAUCUCUUCCCAACUUAUUAAUAGAUCUUAUGGCAGAUUGUUAGUGCAAUUGGAUUAGUUCAAUUAGACUAUGAAAUGGAGUCUUAGAGAUGAAAAGCAGAUGGAAGAAUUAGGUUUCUCGAAAUCAGCUAGAUCACAAAGGUAUUAUGAAAUGAGAAACAAGUUUAUUCCCAAUUCAGAUUACUCAAACUAUCAACAAUCUCAAUCGUCAGCCUUGACCUAGGAUCAAUUUAAUUCGACAUACUAAAAUACUAAUAAAAAUUCUGCGUAUCAAUAAAUAAAUACGAACUCGCAAUCUAAUAGUUUUAGCAAUUCCCAAUUAUUCCUAAAGAAAUAAAGAACAGGAAUGGCAUCUUUUUAUAAUGUACAUCAAAGAUAGCAUACCAAUCCAUAUGAAUAAUACAUGCAAGUCGGAUACUCUUCAUAGGAUUAAGGCACUAUUCUUCGUUUUGGAGAAAUGCAAGAUAGGUAGACACAUUUUGCAUAAUCUAUGAUGCACAUGAAUCAGGGCAGCAGCUUUAAUGUACAUGAUUAAUCUAGCACUUAACUGAGCACCUUUAAAUUAAGUCAUCAAUUCUCAUAAUAAAGCAUAUAGCAGAAUUAGAGCAUUCAAGAAAAUUACAAUUAAGUAUUUCCUUACAAGAAUUGGUCAACUACUCCAAGGACUGAGGAUCUUGCCAUCCUGUAAGCAUUACUCAAAUACAAUCCGUUAAAUAGGCCUUAUUAUACAGAUUAGCAUAAAUACAUAUUGAUGAUCUGUAGGAAUCAUUACAAAACAUUGCCUUAUGCAUUAUAAAUCUUUUUGAUGGCCAUUGAAUGGGAUGAUCCUGAACAAGUCAGAGAGGCCCAUAACAUGAUCAAAUUAUGGACACCCUUGCCACCUGAAGAUGCUUUGCCUUUGUUGGAUGCACAAUUUGCAGAUGAAACAGUUCGACUCUAUGCAGUUGAGAGAGUGAGUAUAUUAUCUGAUGAUGAAUUACAAUUGUACAUGUUAGAAUUGACCUAAUGUUUGAUGUUUGAGAAACAUCUAUUCAAUCCAUUGGCUGAGAUGCUGUUAGAGAGGAGUCUGCAAAAUCCAUGGGUUGUUGGACAUGAAUUGUUCUGGUUGCUCAAAGCUUAAUUGCAUGUACGACCAUCCUAUGAAAGAUAUUCUUUAUUGUUAGAACAGUUAUUAAUGCUUUGCGGGGAAUUUAGGUAGCAAUUAAUGAAUGAAGUUCUUGUCGAUAAUGAGUUGUUUAAUAUAGCAUAAAAGAUCAAGGAAGAGAAUGUACCCAAAGAUUUACGCUAGCAUUUCUUGAAGACUGAAUUAUUGCAGCUCUAUCCCAAAUUGCCUAAACCCUUCUCCUUUGCUCUAGACUCAAGAAUGGAGGCUUAAUCAAUCUAAUAUGAUAAGUGCAAGGUUAUGGAUUCUAAGAAAAUGCCUCUAUGGCUAGCAGUGAUACCGAAGUGUCUUGAAAAUGAUGAUGAGUUGUAAUUACAACCACCCAUCCAUGUUAAAUAACAAGAAGAAAACCUUAAUGGAAAUAAUGUCUCAGUUAUCAUACCUCAAGAUGAAAAUCUGCAUAACAAUAAUAAGUAGUAAUAGGAUUAAAAGGAAUAGAAAGAAGAAAUUGAGGAAGAGGAGUAAAACAAAUAGCAUCUACUCAAAAUCAUUUUUAAAACUGGUGAUGACAUCAGAUAGGAUAUGUUGACACUGCAAUUAAUUAAGAUUAUGGAUAAGAUCUGGUUGGAUGAUGGUCUAGAUUUUAGAAUGAAACCAUAUAAGACCAUAUCUACCUAAGACAAUGUGGGUAUGAUUGAAGUUGUUAGUAAUUCUUUGACUAUUGAAAAAAUUCAUGGCCAAGGAGGCUUUAUGGGGGCAUUUUAACAAAAAACUAUAUGGAAUCAUUUGAAAAAGAAAAAUAGUGAACCUUAAUCAUUUGAAACUGCCACCGAUAAUUUUCUAAGAUCCUGUGCAGGUUAUUGUGUUGCAACCUAUGUUCUUGGAAUAGGAGACAGACAUUCUGGUAAUAUUAUGAUUACUGAUACUGGCCAUCUAUUUCAUAUUGAUUUUGGUCAUUUUUUGGGAAAUUUCAAAUAGAAAUUUGGUAUUAAAAGAGAGAGAACUAAAUUUGUGUUAACUGAAGAAGUAUUAUUAUUUAUUAAACUUAAUUUUAGAUGGCAUUUGUUAUGGGAGGUAGAGAUGGAGAUCUCUUUAAAAAGUUUUAGUAAGAUUGUACUAAUGCUUAUAAUCUGGUCAGAAAACAUGGUCAUUUUCUUAUUAAUAUAUUCUUAAUGAAUUUAUCAGCUGGCAUGCCCGAAUUAUAAUAGGCUUCCAACGUAAAAUAUAUUGAGGAUUAAUUGGCUUUAAACAUAUCUGAUUAGGAAGCAACAGCAAAAUUUAAGUAAGAGAUUAUAAUCUCUCUUAAUGAUACUUGGAGAUAAAUCGAUAAUUGGUUCCACUAUAUGAGAAGAAACUGA